AUGACUACCAAGACCAACAUCACUGCGUACAGCGAGGGCACACCUAAUGGAUUGAAAAUCCACAUCGCUCUGGAGGAGCUUGGACUUGAGUACAAGCUGGUGCAGAUUGACAUGUUCAAGAACGAGCAAAAGGAGCCGUGGUUUACUGAGAUUAACCCCAAUGGACGGAUCCCGGCCAUCACCGACGUGACAGCCGACGGCGUGGAGCUCAAGAUCUUCGAGUCGGGAGCUAUCCUGGAGUACCUAGUGGCGACAUACGACAAGAACCACCUGAUUUCUUAUCCCUACGCGACCAAGGAGCACUGGGAGACAAUUAGCUGGUUAAUGUGGCAGAUGGGCGGCCUUGGACCGAUGCUAGGCCAGGCUAACUUCUUCACUCGUUCCGCGGUAGGAGUCCACCAGUACUCGAUCGACCGUUUCGUCAAUGAGAGCCGCCGCUUGCUUCGAGUUCUAGAUGGCCAUCUUCAGAAAAAAGGAUGCAGCUUUUUGGUCGGUGAUCGUCUCACGAUCGCCGAUAUUGCCAUCUGGCCGUGGGUUUCUGCAAUCAGGUUCUCUGGGUUGCGCGCCAUAGAAGACUUCCCGAACGUUUCCAAGUGGUUCUGGGUUUUGCUUGAGCGUCCAGGCUUCCAGAAAGGUGCCAAUAUUCCGGGGCCGAACAAGUACCUCGCUACCAACAAGAUGACAGAGGAGGAGAUGAACAAACUUGCUGAGCCCACUGUGAAAUGGAUCGCGGAAAGCAUGAAGAGGGAUGCCGAGGCCUGAUUUCUGAGGGGAAUACACACCUCUGCAUUAGCCAAUCAUGCAAGAAUCAGGCAGAAGUGCAUCGUUUUCUGCUAGAAUUCAAAACACCUUCUACGUUAAAGUUGGUAACCCGAUAGCGUUACUUCAGUGCGUGGUUUGUGCUAUGCGAAUGAGGGUUCGACUUGGUUCAGGACAGCAGCCGCCCAGAAUCAUCGUAGAGAUGACGAUACCUGAUAUAUACUGUAGUUAUCGUGGGUGGCCAUUAGACCAAUAAAUUAUGACGGUGGUCCCCGCUGAGGUUCAACUGUUGCUCUGGCGCAGGCCGAGCAAGUAGGUAA